AUGCCAAGUGUGCUGUCGGUGGCGCGUCCCGAGCCACUAAAUGGAGAUCACCCUAGAUCGCACCUGGCUGGCCCUUGGCAACGUUUCCGCCAUUUUCGCCCAUCAAUCUUCCUCUUCGGUAAAGCUCAAUCCCAUACCUCAAAUCAAGGAAUAAUGCCUCCCUCCUCUUCUAUUAACCCUUGUGUCGCGACAGCCAUCGUAUUCUCCGUCUGCUAUCCCAUUCCAGUCUCCAGUCUCCCAAGGUCUGCGCUUCUAUUCCUUUUUUCUCUUCCCCCCUGCGCCUGCACGUAA